AGUUAAACAAAUGAAAAACAAAGAGCAUUCAUACUGCAGAAAAUAAAAUUCACCCCGUCGACUUGAUGGAUACCCCAGCAUUGUGUGUGGCGCCCUUCCUCUCUUGGGGUGCUGGAGUGCUUGAUAAAAAGCUCAAAAAUAAUUGAUAAAAUUUGGGGGUCUAAUUGUUGUGAAUUUUAUUUUUCGUUUUUUGAUCUUCAAAGGUAGUUCUGCAGGAUUUCUUUUAUUUUAAAUUGGAUAUAGACUGGAAAUUGAUGUAUCAAGUAAAUGAGGUUAGAAGACUUCUGGUUUGUUGAUUAAUCUGGAGGAUUUUUAGUUGCCCAAUCGUUAUGGCAGACGAUAAAGCGAUUAAAAAUGUGCAGAGCUCAUUUUCUAUGUAUGGAUUCGUCAUCACCAGGCCUAUCGCUACAUUCGUAGUAAAGCAACUGCUGAGUCUUCCUCCAGACCAACGAGACCACUGGCUGACGAGAAUAACAGAUCAAAUCCUGGAGCAGAAUCUUUCGGACCCUCACAUCGCCCUCGAUCACGUAAAACUGGCAAUAAAAGAAUGCUUAAAACCGAACGCGAUCCUCGACGAGUCUGAGACUAUUUUUAACGUGUUAAACCUGGAGGAGAUCCCCCAGGUCCUCUACGACAUCUCCAUGAAGAAGUUUGUCCUGCAGAAGGUGAUGCCGGAUUACUUUCCCGAGCCCAUAUGCAAGCCCAACGUCUUCAGGAACAGGCUGAGUCUCCUGAGGCAGAGGACAUUGCGCCAGGAGCCCUUCGCCCCCAGAAAAUUUGGUGAGAAGAGCAAAGAGAAGAAGGAACUCGUACCUGUCGAGUUUUUGCUGACCAACUCGAGGGAGGGAAACGUCUACGUCAUGGGGAUAUUGUCACAACUGGUGGAUGGACAGUACUUCCUCGAGGACACUGGAGGUGCUAUUAAGAUUGACAUCGCCAAGACAGUAUUCGACGAAGGUCUGAUAACAGAAGGUUGCAUAGUGAUAGCCCAGGGCUACUUCGAGGACGGCGUCCUGGAUGUGAAAAAAAUCCAGCUUCCCCCGGUGGAGCCUUCGGCAAACUCCCGAGCAUCUUUUGGGACAGAAAACACCUUCGGAGGUACUCACAGGACCUCGCUGAAGUGCUCAGAAAAGCUCCAGCAGCACCAGGAGGCCCACAACACAGACAUGAUCGUGAUAAUUUCAGAACUGUGGCUGGACAAUUCAGAGAUCCUCAGAAAGUUCAAAGUGAUCCUCGAGGGCUACUCCGACGUCCCCCCCAUUGCCUUUAUCCUCUGUGGUCACUUCCUAUCGUCUCCUCCCAACGUCACCAGUGGCAAAAAACUCAAAGAUGGCUUUAAUCACCUGGCAAGACUCAUCGACGCCCAUCCUGAUCUAAAAAAAAAUUCAAAAUUUGUAUUUGUUCCUGGCCCUCAGGACCUGGGGGCCGCCAAAAUCCUUCCCAGGGGACCGUUACCUCACAAAAUUCUCGAGGAUUUCAUCAAAAAAAUUCCUGGGGCUAUCCUAGUCGGCAAUCCCUGCAGGAUUCAGUACUGCACAAAGGAAAUCGUCGUCUUCAGGGAAGACAUGAUCUCAAAAAUGUGCAGAAAUACUUUGAAGUAUCCGGAACAGGGAAAUUUUCAUGAUCACUACGCCAAGACGAUGAUCUCGCAGUCUCACCUGGCCCCUAUGAGUCUCCCAGUGGUUCCAGUCUACUGGAAACACGAUCACGUCCUCCAGCUGUUUCCCACUCCCGAUCUGAUCAUCGUAGCUGAUAAUUCCCAGCAGUACACGACGAGAGUCGAUGACUGCCAAGUGAUAAAUCCCGGAUCAUUCCCCAGGAAUAAUUUCUCCUUCAAGGUGUACAGACCAGGUACCGGCGAAGUCGAGGACUGUGAACUCCCAAAUGAUACCGAGAACAUGUGAAUUCGUAAAGUCAUAAUUCAUUAUUUUUCCCGUACCAAUUACGAUUAAUUCAUUAAUUAUGACGAUUAAUCAACUUUAAUUAAUCGUAAUAAAUAGCGAGUGAACAAAAUUGAAUUGAAUUGAAUUGAAAAUAUCUCAUAGUUGUCCCUUCAUUAUGAUAAUAACGAGAGACACGCUUAAUAAUUAGACUUAUAAUAAAUAAAUAAUGUAAAUAAUGUUCUCUGUACAGUAUUUAUUCAAUCGCUCGUAAUAAAAUCUGUUCUAUGUUCAGUUUUACAAUACUCUGACGAGGAGCACAUUCCUCCCAUAACUUAAGUAAUUAACAACACUAUAAUAAAUUGAAUUAAUAUAAUAGCUGAUCUCUCACAAAUUGAAUUAAAAA